AUGCUGAGACCAAGAUGCCCCUUGAACAUCGCCUUCAUAGACCUGACGAUGGCCUCCAACCUCGUCAACCAAAAAGUACUCUUCACACUGCUCAAGAUAGGAUGCCCACGGAAGCUUCAUGAGAUGAUUUCCUCCUUCCAUGAUAACAUGCCCAGCACCGUCCAAUAUGACGGCUCAUCCUCAGAUGCCUUCCCUGUAGUCUAUACUCUGCGUAACCCCAGAGAUGCUAUGGUUUCAAGGUACCACUUCAUCAAAGGCUUUAAAGUAUUGAAGGACCCUGGAACUGUGGAAGAGUUCAUGGAGAGAUUCCUGAGUGGGGAAAAGAUCUCCGGGGACUGGAAGAACCUCCUGAUAGUGGUGCAGAGCGAAUACUUCGACCAUGUUUACUGGGAGAACAUGCAUGAUUGCAACGUGGAAAAUGAAUUCCAACUGUUGGAUGAUGAUAUAGUGAAUGUCGCUUACCCCAAGUCAGGUACCCACUGGAUGUCAGAAGUGUUGGCCUUAAUCCGGAGUCAUGGGGACCCCUCAUGGGUUCAGAACGCACUAGUGUGGGAUAGGGCACCCUGGAUCGAGACUGCUGAUGGGCUGAAGGAGGCCUUGAAAUAUUCUCCCCCCAGGCUCCUGUCUACUCACCUGCCAUUCCAGCUUUCCCCCAAGUCCUUCCUCCACUCCAAAGCCAAGGUAGUCUACACAAUGUGCAACCCCAGAGAUGCGAUGGUUUCAGGCUACCACUUCUUCCAAGGCUUUAAAGAUCUGAAGGAUUCUGGAACAAUGGAAGUGUACCUGGAGAGGUUCCUGAGUGGGGAAGUACUUUUUGGUUCCUGGUUUGACCACGUGAAAGGCUGGAUGGAGAUGAAGGAUAGAGCCAACAUCUUCUUCAUCACUUAUGAAGAACUGCAGCAGGACCUUCGAGGCAGCAUGCAGAGGAUCUGUCGUUUUCUUGGCAAGGAGCUGAACAGCCAGCAAAUUGAGUCUGUGGUGGAAAACGCCUCCUUCCACAAAAUGAAGGACAAUAAGAUGUCCAACUUUUCCUUGAUACCAGACAACAUUUUUGACCACACAAAGGGAAAGCUCCUGAGGAAAGGGAUUUCUGGGGACUGGAAGAACCGCUUGACAUUAGCACAGAGGGAAUACUUUGUCCGUGUUUAUCAGGAGAACAUGCGUGGUGUGAAUAUGACCUUCCCUUGGGACUGA